CUGCUUCAUAACGCCAACGUGCAUUCUCGCUCAGCAGGUAGCUGGACGCCUCUUCACGUAGCUUCUAUGCACGGUCAAGAAGCGAUCGCUAGAGAUUUGAUUCUUCGGGAUGCGGAGGUGGAUGCAAGAAACCAUCAACAAAGAACACCGCUGCAUUACGCGUGUCAACUAGGUCAUAACAACGUUGCCCGGUUGUUGCUAGACGCGGGAGCUGAUGUGAACGCUUUGGCCAAAGAUGACGUAUCACCUCUUCACGUCGCCGCAAUGAACAGGCGGGAUGACGUGGUAUUGACGCUGAUAUGUCAAUCGGUGUCACACCCCUCUACGUUGCUACCGGCCUCGGCAGUGAUGAAUCCAUCGAACGUGCGGUAUUCCACUCCUCUACUCGCCGCGCUCAUUGCUGUGCUGGUCGAAAACCACGCUGACGUGAACGCCACGCGCGAAGAUGGCUCGACCCCUCUUCUCCUAUCGACUGUCUUGGGUUUCGAGCAACUCGCAUGCGACUUGAUCAGGAGCGGAGCGGACGUCAACGCGAAGGGGCCCGAGAACGCCACACCUUUGCUCCUCGCCGCACGCGCCGGUCGCGUGCAACUCGCACGCGAGCUGCUGUCGCACGGAGCGGACGCAUCGGCGAGAACGCAGGAAAACUUCACGGCGGCGGAAAUCGCCGCCAUCAAGGGUCACGAGGACGUGGUCGCGUUGCUUCUAGAGCAUCAAACGGACGCGAGCGCCAGGCAAUCGGAGGCGGAAAUGUUGAUGCGACUGGCCGUCAGAUUCGGUCAGGCGGCUGUCGUGCGGAGGUUGUUGGCCAUGGGCGUGGACGUUAACACAGCGGGCGCGGAUAUGAACACAGCUCUACACCUCGCUGCCCUACACAGUCGCACCACCGUUGCCUCCGCGCUGUUAGAAAACGGCGCCAAUGUCGACGCGAAGGACCAGAACAACUGGAGUCCUUUGCAUCUGGCGGCAAACGACGGCAACCAGGAGAUAGCAGAACUUCUCCUUCAAUACGGAGCAGAUCCCAACGUCAAGAACCGACGACCUUCUACCGGCACAAAUGUUGCUAAGGGUCCGUACGGAGCUUCCGCGUUGCACUUUGCGGCGUAUAAGGGCCACGGACCGGUCCUUGAGGUACUCUUGCAACACGAGGCGAACGUGAAUCUCACGGACGACACCAACUGUACCGCUCUGCACCUUGCGGCGAGCAACGGUCACAACCCUGCAGUGAAACUGUUGCUCGCAUACAAUGCUGACAUUUCCGCGAAAGAGGACAGCGGCUUGACGGCGCUGCAUCUGUCCGCUUUCUACGGACACGCGGACGUUGCAGGGACUCUGUUGGCCAAAGGCGCCGACGCUAACAACAGAAGCUUCGAAUUCCGCACACCUGUGCAUCUGGCCGCGUACAGCGGCAACACCGUCAUCCUGGAGCAUCUGUUCCGGAAUCAAAAUCCUGACGUGAACCCCAAGGACAAGGAUUACUGGACGCCAUUGCAUUUUGCGGCAUUCCACGGGCACGGUGAAGCCGUGGCGUGGUUGAUCAAACGCGGGGCGGAGGUGAACGCCAAAGAACGUGACAGCGCCACUCCGUUGUUGUUGGCGGUGAGCAACGGGCACGAACACGUCGCGGUGACGUUGCUGGAAGGCGGGGCUGACGCUAGCGCCGCAGACAGUGACGGCUAUUCCCCCUUGUUUGCGGCGUUGGAGAAGGCGCUCGUUGGAACAAUUCCGCACUUGUGGGCUAUUAUUUUUCUGCGGACAAGAUUAACGAUUAUUAUUAUUAUUAUUAUUAUUAUUAUUAUUAUUAUUAUUAUUAUUAUUAUUAAUAAUAAUAAUAUUAUUAAUAUUAUUAUUAUUAUUUAA